AUGGAGACGCCAAACUCGGCCUUGAGCAUCUACAACUCAUGUCUUCACGCAUACCGAGCAGUGUCCACUGCCAUGGAGAUGGGCGCCGAUUCUGUUAUCUGGGAUAUACGCAUGCGGAUUGAACUCACGCGAUUUGAGGUCUGGGGCCAUGUCCUUGUCGGUCAAGCUGAAGGCUCCGAGGAACAAAGAGAGUCCGCCAUUAUACCGCGUCAGCACGAGGCAUUCAGUGCGACAGCAAAGAUAAAGCAACUCAUUUGCCUGUCUCAAAACGGUGAGGCACCCGCCAUCGGUAGCUUUGAGCUCUCUAAGGACCAGUUCAGCGCGCCCGCAGACAUGACCUCUUCGCGCAGAUACUUGCCAGGUAUACGUCCGACAACAGCUCGCCCUGCGUGA